UUUUGCAGGUUUUCUGUGCAGAACUACCAGUGUUUUUGCGGGAACAUUUCAACGGAAUGUAUAGGACCGACGUGUAUUUCCUGUGUAAAACCCUGGCCGAGGUUCCAAUAUUUUUGGCGAUUCCAGUGUUGUUCACAGUUGUGAUGUAUUAUAUGGUGGGGCUCAACCCGGCACCUUCAAAAUUCGUGCAGGCUGGCAUCAUUAUAACAUUGGUUAGCAAUGUGGCCACAUCUUUCGGAUAUCUCAUAUCAUGUGUAAGCUCUUCAGUGUCAGUAGCGUUAUCUAUCGGACCGCCUGUGGUUAUUCCUUUCCUACUCUUUGGAGGAUUUUUCUUGAACGCUGGAUCUGUACCUCCGUACUUUGAGUGGCUAAGUAACUUGUCAUGGUUCAAGUAUGGAAACGAAGCCCUUCUUAUCAACCAGUGGGGUGACGUCACUGAUAUUAAAUGUACAAGGAUGAACGCCACAUGUCCUAAGGAUGGACAUAUUAUACUCGAAACCUACAAUUUUAGCGAGAAUGACUACCUCAUGGAUUACCUUUGUUUGAUAGGUCUGAUUAUUGGAUUCAGAUUAUUUGCUUUCCUAUCUUUACUCUACAGGACAUCAGGCAAAAAACAUUAGGAAGUUGAGAGAG